CUCAUGUAUCGGUGUACUAGUUUAUGUUUGUGAAACAAAUAACAUAUUUUCUAGGUAAUAUGUUGCUCAAUUUUCUUACAAAUAAAUAUAAAAGGAGAAAAAGUAAAAUAAAAUUAAAAAAAACAACUUGCACACAACAUUUGACACUGCACGCUACUCUACAAUUCCGAAGCUUCAGUAUAUAUACAUUUCACACUAUUAAUUUUCUUUCCCCUGAAAAAGUCUAAAACCCACAUUCAUAUAUAAACCUUUCUUUCAAACCGACGACUCCCUCUUUUCGUCUCCAUUUUUUCCACCAUCUGAAAUAUUAUUAUCCGCCCACCGGAAAAAUGGGUGCCAGCACUUCUUCUCUGUCGGGCGAGCUCGGCGGCCCGAACCCGAGGCCCAAGCUGGAGGACAUACCCGAGUCCUGCAUCGCUCUGGUCCUCUCCGGCUUGGACCCACCGGAGAUCGCCAAGCUGGCCCGGCUCAAUCGGGCUUUCCGGGCGGCGUCUUCGGCGGAUUUCAUAUGGAUUCCCAAAUUGCCCUCCAAUUACCGGUAUAUCCUGUCCAGAUUUGCCGAUCGGAGCAUCGGGGACAAGGGCAGGAAGGACAUCUACGCCGCGCUUUGUAGAUCUAAUCCUUUUGAUGGCGGUACAAAGGAGGUUUGGAUAGAUAAGUGUACGGGAGGGGUUUGUUUGGCAAUAUCUUCGAAGGCUAUGUCGAUAACUGGAAUCGAUGAUCGGCGGUAUUGGAGUUACAUUCCGACUGAUGAAUCUAGAUUUCAGACAAUAGCAUACCUUCAACAAACUUGGUGGCUCGAAAUAAACGGGGACAUGGAGUUCCAAUUCCCGAGAGGAACUUACAGUCUAUUCUUCAGGCUCAGUCUCGGGAAAAUCGGCAAGAGAUUGGGCCGUCGGGUGUGUAAUUCCGAUAAUGUCCACGGCUGGGAGAUCAAGCCGGCCCAGUUUCAGCUGACUACACAAGACGGCCAAAAUGCGGUGACUCGGUGCACACUGGACAAUUUGGGAAAUUGGGUAAACUACCAUGUGGGCGAUUUUGUCGUGCGGGAUUCUGAUGUGUUGACCACGGUCAAAUUCUCUUUGACUCAGAUCGACUGUACCCACACGAAAGGUGGUCUUUGCGUGGACUCGGUUUUUAUUUGUCCGAGUGGUUUAGGGAAAGAGUUGACUUGUUUGGAUGGUGAAGGAUGUAAGAAGUUUUAGAGAAAGGUGAAGAUACUUUUAUGAAGAUUGAAGCAUUUGUGGUACUUUGAGGGUGCAGUGUGGUUUUUACAGCAUGAGAAAUUCAGAGGCAAUAUUGUUGUACAUUUGAUUUUUGGUCUCUUUUUCUUUUUUCACAUUUUUUCCUCAGUUUUGUGAGAUUGUGAGAGAUUGUGGUCUGUGGAGAUUUUUGCCCUUUGAUGUAUAGUUAGGAUUCAUUUUGUACAUAAUUUGAACUUUGAAGAAUUGAGUGCUCUUUUUUUGAGGUGAUGAGUUGAUGAAGGUCAUGGGUUAUUAUUAUGUACUAUUGUCUGAUAACCACUUGGACCUGAGGAAGCUGAGUUGCUGGACAAAAUUCAUAUGGGCUAAUUAGUGAAAUGAAAACUUCAUUGUUUAAAACUUUAGGCUAAGGUCAGGAAAUUUAGUUUGAGGUGUAAAAAAAAUGCCUGGAAAUAUUUAAAAGUUAACAAAAUGAGUGGUUCGUCAUCU